UACAGUAUUGCGCUUUCUCGUCGUUAAGAAGUGUGGGAAGGUCGAGCCCUUAGCAUGCUUUAGGCAACUGUAGGUCGGGUAGAUCUUCCAGAUCCUUUUACAACGCGCGGCCAAGUUUAUAAAUGACUUGAACGAAUGAAGGAAGAGUUUGGUAUCGUGACGUUAGGUUUUCGGUGUCGCAAGCAAAACGCGGAUUGGUACCUGAUAACGAAAUAUUCGGCAUCGUAACUUCAUAUGAUCACAAACCCGCAGGCAAAUACUGACCAUAAACUACAAUGACACUUUACGCUGAAAGUGUGAACAGGUGGGUGCUGGCCAAAGGCAUGGCUCAGUUUCAGGAAGUGAUGCGUCAGCAGCUGGAGAGUUCCAUGCACGUGGAGCUGGAGAACUUGCUGAGCACCGCUAAAGGAGCUGACAUCGAGGUUUGUAGGAAGGAUUUUGAGGGCUUUGAGAAGCUCUUCCACAGGUUUCUGCAGGUAAAGGGGCCUUCUGUGGAGUGGACCAAAAUCAACAGACCUCCUGAAGACUCAAUCCAGCCGUACGAGAAGAUCAGGGGCUUGCCCACGAGCGUGUCGGAGAGCCUGAACAAGCUUGCCGUCGUGAAGCUUAACGGGGGUCUGGGAACCAGCAUGGGCUGUAAGGGCCCCAAGAGUCUGAUCAGCGUGCGCAGCGAGAACACCUUCCUGGACCUGACCGUGCAGCAGAUCGAGCACCUGAAUAAGAAGUACAACACUGAUGUCCCACUGGUCCUGAUGAACUCUUUCAACACCGAUGAGGACACUAAGAAGAUCCUGCAAAAAUACACACACCACCGUGUCAAGAUACACACUUUCAACCAGAGCAGGUAUCCCAGGAUCAAUAAGGAGUCCCUGCUGCCAGUGCCCGAGGACGUGGGUAUGGUAGGAGAAGGCUCAGAUGGCUGGUACCCACCCGGCCACGGAGACAUCUACGCCAGCUUCUACGCCUCGGGCCUGCUGGAGCAGCUCCUGGCUGAGGGGAAGGAGUACAUCUUCGUGUCCAACAUCGACAAUCUGGGCGCCACCGUGGACCUGCACAUCCUGAACCACCUGGUGAGCCAGCCCAACGGCAAGCGCUGUGAGUUCGUCAUGGAGGUCACGGACAAGACCCGGGCCGACGUCAAGGGAGGAACCCUGAUUCAGUAUGAUGGGAAACUCCGGCUGCUGGAGAUCGCCCAGGUCCCCAAAGCCCACGUCGAUGAGUUCAAGUCCGUCUCCAAAUUCAAGAUCUUUAACACCAACAACCUGUGGAUCUCCCUGGCGGCCAUCAAGAGACUGCAGGAGAAGAAUGAAAUGGAUAUGGAAAUCAUUGUGAAUCCUAAGACGCUGAACGGCGGGCUGAACGUGAUCCAGCUGGAGACGGCCGUGGGCGCUGCAAUCAAGUGCUUCGACAAUGCACUGGGCAUCAACGUGCCCCGCAGCCGCUUCCUGCCCGUCAAAACCACCUCCGACCUCCUAUUGGUCAUGUCCAACCUGUACCGGCUGGAGGCGGGCUCUCUGACAAUGAGCGAAAAGAGGGAGUUCCCCACCACACCCCACGUCAAGCUUGGCAGCUCUUUCACCAAGGUUCAGGAAUAUCUGACACGAUUCGAGAGCAUUCCAGACAUGCUGGAGCUAGAUCACCUGACCGUGUCCGGAGACGUGACCUUUGGGAAAAAUGUCUCUCUGAAGGGAACAGUUAUCAUUAUAGCCAACCAUGGAGACAGGAUCGACAUUCCGGCCGGCUCCAUGCUGGAGAAUAAAAUCGUUUCCGGAAACCUGCGGAUCUUGGACCACUAAGGCCUUCUGCCAUGUGACCUGUGUGCAAGAUCACAUGACCUCUCCCCAACCUCACACUCAACUCUACAACUGUUUUACGGACCUACAAUGAGACCAAAUGCAGAAACACAGCCUCAUGAUUCUACACUUUUAUUUUUAUAACUCUUUGAGCUUUUUAACGCGUGCAUUUGUGUUUUGAAAACUCCAUAUUCUCGGUCAGUAUCAAAACAGCUCAGUGUCAUCCUGUCUCACCUUAUGUCUCCAACGGAAUACAGUUUUAUCUGUUUGUUUUUUGGUAUUUUUGUUUCGGAGGACUGUCAUGGUGGCAUGAAUCGCACGCAAUUCGUGUGAAAUGUGAAAACGAGAAGCAA